AUGUCUCUUUCUAGUUUGGAUCAUGCAGAACAUUUUAGAAUCACACAAGGACUGAGAAAAUACACCUGUGAUCUCACACUGGAUCCAAACACAGCACACACUCAACUCAUCCUGUCUGAGGGAUACAGGAAGGUAACUUUUGUCAAAGAGCAUCAGCUGUAUCCUGAUCAUCCAGACAGAUUUGAUCAUCAGGAGCAGGUUCUGUGUAAAGAGAGUCUGACUGGACGCUGUUACUGGGAGGUUGAGUGGAGCGGCUGGGCCCAUAUAGCAGUGGCAUAUAGACGAAUCAAAAGAAAAAGUGAAAGUGACUUUUGGUUUGGAUUCAAUGAUAAAUCCUGGAGUCUGUACUGCACUGAAAAGAGAUACACUGCCUGGCAUGAGAACAGGAAAACUGACAUACUGAGCUGUUCAUCCUCUACUAGAGUAGGAGUGUAUGUGGACGUGUCGGCUGGCACUCUGUCGUACUUCAGCGUCUCUGACACACACACACUCACACACUUACACACAUUCAACACCACAUUCACUGAACCCCUCUAUGCUGGAUUCAGAGUUUAUGAGUCCUCACUGUCUUUGUGUCAGAAUAAAUGAUCUUGCGGUGAGACAUCACAACCCUC